AGAUUUUUACAUCCCUAAUUCUUGUGUGUUUGUAUUCGUGACAGCCACAAAGUUUUUUGCGGAACAUUUUUUGUGUACAAUUUAAAGCCAUUUCGGGCGCUAAAGAAUUGUUUACUGCCCUUCGAUAGUGGAUCGUAAGGACCCAGCUCCAUUAAGUUCGAGUGCAUUUUCGGGUCGGCGGCGUAAAAGACGCGCAAAUCCAGCAGGGAAUUUGACCAAUUCGCUGCUUCGGGUGAAAUUUCAAUGAACUGAGAAAACAAAGACAGACACACACACAAACACACGCACAGGGUCACAGACACAGUGCUUGUGCAGCAGUGUAGUAAGAAGCAGAGACAACAGCGCAAUAGCGAGCGAUUAUUUACUUACAAAUAAAAUACAAAACGGAAACAUUACCAAAAAGCAAGAGCCCUGGCCAAUCCAAUCGGCCGAGUGUAACGUGCGCGACAUUUGCAUAAGCGUGAAUAUAGAAACUACAGUGGUCGCAAAAGCGGCGCAGAAAAAACGGACAACUUUUAGCCUCCGCCAGGCAUCAACAUCCUUCGACUCUCCUCUCUCUCUCUCUCUCGCUCGCUGUCUCUUCGGCACGAAGACCACGCUGCAUACAGACGAGGCACAUAUACAUAUGUACACACGCACAGCGGUAUAUAUGCCAUUUAUUUAGGGACGACUCGGCGCGGAAAAGUACUAACCUCGUUCCCGCUCCCACAUCCGCUACGGUUCCAGCUCCCGUUUCUCCGUUGCAUCCUUUCAGCUUCCAGCGAGUGAGUGCUAGAGAGCGAGAUACCCACAGCUAACCAAAAGCUGCCCAGUGGGAGUUAGCGGAUUUUAAUAUUCCUGCUGAUUCGCCGAUCCGUGAUCCGUCACAGUUACGGUUACGGCGCCAGGACAACGACUCCUACGUCCUCGUCCCGCCGGCCGCUUUGGAAUGUUAAAUGCGGUGAGAACGAUCCGAUCAGUGUAUGUUGUUGUUGCUGGACAGAGUGGAAAGCGAGCGUUAACAGUGGAAGAGCAAGAAGCGACAGUAUCGUCUAACGUUAAUUUAGAUUAUGGCGAAUUUAAAUUUUCAACAACCCCCGAGAAGUAUAGCGAACGCGGCGUUAGCUGGCCGGACAACAGGCGGAUUCGGUGGUAGCUCCCUGGCUGGCCAUGUGACGCCCACGUCGGGCAUGUUUCAAACCGACUUCGCCAACUCCUAUCCAGGAACGGCGAACUACGGACAGGCGCCGCAGCAGCAGCAACAACAGCAGCAGCAGCCCCAACUGUCGCCGAACCGGAAUGCCCAGCUGUCGGUCGGCGGACCCGCCAUCUCGAGCGGCAACCGGAACGCCAACCUCUUCGGCCAGCGGCAGUUUGUGGAGCGGCGAGCCAUGCAAGGAUUGGGCAGUGGUCCCAUGUCGAAUAUGGGCAACUUCAUGCAGACGGGUCGCGGCGGCUACGGAACGGGCGGAGGCGGUGGCGGUCCUUUGAAUAACUUCCACGUGUUCGGCGGCGGCGGUGGGAGCGACACCUCCACGCCUGCCCUGCUCGAUCCCACGGAGUUUCCCUCGCUGACGAAUGCGCGCGGCCAGAACGACCAGACACUGCCCCAAUCGAAUCCGCUCCAGCCGCCGGGCAGCAAACCCUAUGGUAAUUUCUUUACCUCUUUUGGCAUGGUGAAGCAACCGACGUCAGAGCAAUCGGAGUUCACGAUGUCUAACGAGGACUUCCCUGCGUUACCGGGCACCCAAAACUCGGACGGCACAACGAACGCGGUGGGGAGCGUCGGCGGAACAGGAGGCUCCGGAGGUGCGUCCACAGAGAACCACUUGGAUGGCACGGAAAAGCCGAUGAAUUCGAUAGUGGUCAGCGGAUCAGCGAGCGGCAGCAGCGGUUCCAACGUCGGCGUUGUAGGCGGCAAUGGUCUCGGUGCCGUUGGCAGUGGUAUAGGGGGCUUGGCAGUAGGCGGCGGCGGAGGAGCUGGUAGCUCGGGAGGCGGAGGAGUCGGCGGCAAUGCAGCCAGCGGCGUUGUCGGCGGGUCCCAUGUGGGACUGGUGGGCAGUAACAGCGGCAUUGGCGGCGUCAACAGCGUACCCAACAGCAAUGCCAUGAUGGGCGUGGGCGGCGGCCUGGGCAGUGGAAGCGGCUCAUCUGGGAGCGGAGCGGGCGGCGAGCAUCUGAACGAUAAUUCCAGCAACGAUAAACUUGUAAAGAGCGGCGUGCAAACUUCGCCAGAUGGGAAGGUCACAAACAUACCAGCGACCAUGGUGAACAACCAGUUCGGCAUGGUUGGCCUGCUGACGUUCAUUCGGGCUGCAGAAACGGAUCCCAAUCUGGUGACGCUCUCCUUGGGCACGGAUCUCACGGGUUUAGGCCUGAACCUGAACUCGCAGGAGAGCUUGCAUACAACCUUCGCUGGCCCCUUCGUCGCACAGCCCUGCAGAGCACAAGACGUUGAGUUCAACGUGCCACCCGAAUAUCUGAUUAACUUUGCGAUAAGAGACAAACUAACAGCGCCGGUACUGAAAAAGCUGCAAGAAGACCUGCUCUUUUUCCUUUUCUACACGAACAUCGGCGAUAUGAUGCAAUUAAUGGCAGCUGCUGAAUUGCAUAGUCGCGAGUGGCGGUAUCACGUGGAGGAGAAAAUAUGGAUAACUCGAAUUCCUGGCAUUGAUCAAUAUGAAAAAAAUGGUACAAAAGAGCGCGGCACCUUCUACUACUUUGAUGCGCAAAGUUGGAAACGUUUGUCCAAGGUUUUCCAAAUAGAUGCCGAGAAAUUAGAUAAAUGUCCCAAUAUAAGUGCGUUUAUGAAUGGACAGUCUGUAUAAAAUUAAUAAAAAUGAAAAAAAUUGAAAAAGAA